GAUAAUAGGUCACCGCAUCAAGCUCGGCGGUCAACGCUGCCAAUGGCAAUUGACUCGUCGACAUAUGCCAAGUCAGCCGCAAAGGGACGAUCCGAUCUUUCACCAAGCGAACAGCGUCUGCAUCAAAAAAGGUCCGCAUGCUAUAGUCAUGGCGAUUGUGAUCGAGAAUGCCUUCGCGCUACUCUUCCGCUUGGACAUUAUUGAUCACGUCUGGAUCGCAGGCGGCGUUUGCUCUAAGUAGACAGGAUGUGUUCCUGUCACCCCUCACCAUGAGACCGGAAAGGUGGUCACAUGAGUGGCUUGAAGGAUGGUGAGGUCUUCACGCAACACAGGAGAGUGAGCUCACUUGUAUCCGAGCUGCUAUUUGAAACUACCUCAUUUCAUGCUGAGCUCCCAUACACUGAAAACAUUUGUCAUGCCAACACCCCCAGGCCUGAGCAUCUCUAAAUAUUUCCAAACCCCGCACAACCUCGGCAUCGGCCAGCACACUAAAAGUCAGCACGAAUCGCUAGAGCGGGCAUCAUGGUUCGCAUCAAGAGCGAGUGUCCACGGCCACCACCACGACAACAUACUCCAGGCAAAGGAGGUCCACUUCGUGACAAAGGAAGCGGUGGUGGAGGAGGCGGCAAUGCCAAUGGCGGCGGUGGAGGUGGCAAUGGCAACAGCGGCGGGGGCGGCAACAAUCAGAAAAAUCCUCGAGGACCACUGCACCCAGCUCUCAUGCUUUCGAACAAGAAGACGAUGGAAAUCCUUCGAUGCGACAACACCGACUUGGAAAUGAUUAAGCACGCCGCCUAUCGCAUCAUGAAGACACAGUCACCAGUCUCUCGUAAGGAGCUUCGCACCAAGCUCGCGGAGCAGCAGGCCGAAUUCGAGGAAAUGCUAAGCGGGGAAAGAUGGGAGAGUUUCCAAUAUCCUGAUGGCAGAACUUUCGAAACGGAUAUUGAUCACCUUCUUAUCAAAAUAAUGAGUAUCGCGCGCAAGAAGAUCAAUGGUGAAGCGAAGAAGACCAAAUCGAAGAAGAAGGUCCCGGAAGAUCGAGCAAACGUGAUCGACUUGAGCAGUAGCGGAGAGGAAACUCCCAGUCGCCCAGUAUUCAGGAAAUUUGUGUUUCCUCGCGCAUCGCAAUCUCCUGGCAGAAUCCGUUCGACCAGUCCAAGCGAAGCAGAGCAGGACUAUCGCAUGUCCGGCGGACUGCCCAACGACAGUGACAGUGACUUCGGGUCGCCUACUGGCGGCACUGGCCUGGCCAGAGGUAUGGCCGAACACGUUUUCGGUCGAAGCGCUGGCGAGCUGCAGAGCCCGUUCCUGCGCAAUGUUCCGGGGCGGUCCUCUAUUCUCGGCCGGGACGACGAUGACAUCAGUGAGUACAAUGGUAUUCUCGGCAAUUCGAUUCGUUGGGUUCGUGGUGGCGGUAGUGGCAAUGGACCACCAAAGGACUGA